AUAUUCUCUUCUCUUUUUUUCUCCAAACUCACAAAAAGAUAAUUGUUGAACAUACCUUCAACUCUUUUUUUUUUAUUAUCAAUUUUUUUUAAAAAAAUGGAUUUAAGAGAAAUUGGAGCUACACUUCCCCCUGGGUUUAAAUUUUGUCCCAGUGAUGAAGAGUUAAUUUGUCAUUAUCUCUACAAUAAAAUUGCUAAUGAAGAAGGAUUAGUUCUUAAUUUUAGUUUAGUGGAAAUUGAUCUUCACACUUGUGAGCCAUGGCAGCUUCCUGAGGUGGCAAAGCUCAACUCUAGUGAAUGGUACUUCUUCAGCUUCCGAGAUCGAAAGUACACUACUGGUUUCCGGGCGAACCGGGCCACAACUUCGGGUUAUUGGAAAGCUACGGGUAAGGAUCGAACAGUGCUCGAUCCUCAAACCCAUAACGUUAUAGGGAUGAGAAAAACUUUAGUCUUUUACAAGAAUAGAGCUCCUAAUGGCAUUAAAACAGACUGGAUCAUGCAUGAAUUUCGACUCGAAAAUCCCCAUAUACCCCUUAAGGAAGAUUGGGUAUUAUGUCGAGUAUUUUACAAAAAUAAAGGUGAGAACAACAAUAAUUGUACAAACAAACUUAGCUCACAAAACAAGUGUGAGGCAAUUGUCACUUCUUCAAAUGUGUCACAAUCUCCUCUCUAUAUGAACCAACAUUCAUUGAAUUGUGACAUUAGAUACCAAAAUUUACCCCAUCAAAUUAUCCAAAACUCAAACACAAUAAUACAUCAUCAUUUGUUUGAUUUAUUAGUAAAAGAUCAUCAUGAAACGACUCGAUUGUCCGAGUGCAGCCAAGAGGAUGAUCAGUACGGAUUGUUAUUCAAUAUGGAUUUUGAAGAAUCGUAUGUUCAAGAUGAACGAAUUAUUCAUUCUAGCAUUGAAGAUAUGAGAUUUGAUGAAGAAAAUAGCGCGAUUUUUAUUUGAAUCGUUGAUAGCAAUGAUUAAUUAGUAAUUAUAUAUGUUGAAUUUGUGAAAGUUAUUUCUAGCUUUUGUUUAUGAAUUGAGAAUUAUUAAUUAUACAAGUUUGAUUGAAUUUCCA